GAGGGGGCGUUGGCGUUUGGAAGAGUUAGUGGUAGUGAUGCGGUACUACUACUACGAUACACGCGACUCGUCGCGGGGCCCAGUGGUGGGCACGUAUAGUACCAUUUAGCCUGUUGCUCUUUGCAUUGGCCGCCGCGACGUUGGUUUCAGUGUGACGACUACCGACUGUGACAAUGGACACGCCGAAGCCGUAGCAGUGGUAGUCUAUUCCCGGCAGUUUGUGUAUGUGUGCGUAUUCGUCCAUAAGCCGUCUUGCAUCUCGCAUUCGCUCACGUGCCGCCGUUGUUGCGUUUGUCUUCCGACCAUCUGUGAGUAUUGUUUCCUGUUCGGAACACGUCUUACAUCCUCUGAGGGUGGUGUGAAGGCCACCCUUUGACAUGCACCAUUAUCGGUCCAGAGAAGAAGAAACGUCGUCGUGCGGUAGCAACGGUGGCAGUGAUCCGUAUUUCUAUUUGCAUUUGUCGGCCGGUGCCGCAUCGUACGGCAACCCGAUAAAGCUCGAAGUUGACGUUAAACCGGAUACUCGAACGACGCCCAUAGUUACUCUAAACGGUAGUGCCGGUAGUUCUACGGACGUGCACCACAUGGAUGGUGGCAGUAUUGGUCUUUUAGCGUUGACCCAACUCGACGGUUAUGGGUACAAACCUUAUGAAAACACUGACGGUGUCAUCGCUUCCACAGACGUGGUCGUUGGUCGUCAAGUCUCUUCUUAUUCAUCCUCUGACGAUACCAAAUCGCACCUUCAUCAUCACCAGCAGUAUGGUAGUGAAGAAUUCACUUCCGAUCCAGCUCGAUUUGCUGCUCAAAAGCCUGGUUCUUCUAUAUAUGCUGCUGACUCCUAUUACCUAGAUGGUACUGGAAAUAAUAGCGAUGUUUGGACCACCAGUGCUACUGCUCAACUUCAAUCCCCCACAACAUACACCACAUAUUCAAAUCCUACUAAUUCUUUACUAAGUACAUCACCUAACAUAACAGCAAACAAUUUUCCUACAACAAAUGCCAUACUAACUCCAGAAAAUUUGGGAUACAAUACAAUUGGCCCAAAUACUAAUUUACCUCCUAGUGGAGUGUCACCUGCAACUGAUGGACUAGGGACUUCCCCUUUACCACCUAUGUCAAGUCUACGUGGAGCACCUCCUUCUGCUCCUAGCCCAAUCGCAGUUACCCCUAGUUCAAUGAUGUACCCAGGGCAUAACAGUCCUACUAUUCAAACUUCUGGUGAUACACUUGGAAAAGCAUUAGCUUCAAUUUAUCCAACUGAUCAGAGUGUCAGUAGUUACAGUUCAAAUCCAUCCACACCUGUAAAUUCACCACCACCUUUAGCACCUUUGGUGCCUACAAACAGCGCUGGAUCUUGGACCCCUGGCGUAGCACCACCUCAUCCUGGAUCUCCUCAUUUUCCUUCUACUGAUCACCGCGCUAUUCAUAUGGGUAGUAGAAUGGAAGAAAGACUGGAUGAUGCUAUAAAUGUUUUGAGAAACCAUGCAGAAAGUCAAGCAUUAAGUUUAGCUGGUGUUCAACAUUCUGCUGCAGGAAUUGUACCUUUAUAUCAUCAACACAUAGGAAGUCCUCAUUCAGCAGCAACUUCAGUUGGUGGCAUUCCAAAUACAUACCAAACACUAUCAACAUGCCCAGAUAGUGAUGGUCCAAUAAAAAUUGAAAGAUUAAGCAAUAUAAAAAAACGGAAAGAACCUCCAGACAGUUCAGAUACCAAGCCAUCUAGUAGUGAUCACUUGUUAGUAAAUAACAUCGUUAAUGUCAAUUCACCCCCAGACAAUUCUUCUCUAAUUAAAAACUCAAAACGACCCCGCCGAUAUUGCUCCAGUGCAGAUGAAGAUGGUGAAGAUCCAUCAACUAAAGCACAUAGAGAAAAAGAGCGAAGACAAGCUAACAAUGUUCGUGAGAGUGUGGACGACGAGUGUGAAGAUCCUGAAUUAAAAGCACUACGAGAAAAGGAGCGUCGCCAAGCAAAUAAUGCUCGGGAAAGAAUUCGAAUACGUGAUAUUAAUGAAGCAUUAAAAGAGCUAGGAAGAAUGUGCAUGACACACUUAAAAACUGAUAAGCCACAAACCAAGUUAGGAAUUUUAAAUAUGGCUGUUGAAGUUAUCAUGUCACUGGAACAACAAGUUAGAGAACGUAAUCUUAAUCCUAAAGCAGCUUGUCUUAAAAGAAGAGAAGAAGAAAAAGCAGAAGAUACUGUUGGUCCUAAACUUGGACAUCAUUUAUCAGUAGGGCAGCACAUGGUUGUUCAAGCUCCACAUUUUUCAACCAUGACAAUGUUUUGAUAAUGGGUUAAACGUGGCAACAUUAAAUUGUGAAUAAAUGUGACAAUAUGCGGUAAAAUUUCUCCUAUAAAUGCAUCACAUUUUAAUAAUAGAAUUUAAAAAAAUUUUGUUGAGUAUAAUGGAUAAUUAAUGUAAAAUUUUAUAUUAUAAAGCCAUAAUUUUUGUUUAGUUUCUUAAUUUAAAUAAAAUGUUAUAUUGCUAAUUAUUAUUUUUAUUAUUAUUAUAAUUGUAUUUUUUAUCAUCAUUAUUAUUAUUAAUUUAAUAUCAUACUUUCUAUUUUAAUAAGUUUUGUUUAUUAUUUAUAACUAAAAAACCAAAACAUCACUACAGUAAUUUU